UCCAAGUAAGCAUGGCCACAGCUGCCUCGAAUCCCUACAGCAUUAUCAGCUCCAGCUCCAUGGUUCAUGCAGACGCCUCGGUCAUGCAACAAGGGAGCCCUUUCAGGAAUCACCAGAAACUCCUCCAGAACGACUACAUCCAGGGCGUCCAGAGCAAUGGGCACCCGCUCGGGCAGCAGUGGGUGAGCAGCUUAGCCGAGGCCAACCCUUGGUCCACCUCGCUGGCCAGCAGCCCCUUGGAUCAGCAGGACGUGAAGCCCGGACGGGAGGACCUGCAGCUCGGCGCGAUCAUCCACCACCGGUCGCCGCAUGUCGCCCACCACUCGCCGCACGCCAGCCACCCGGGCGCAUGGGGGACGCCCGUGUCGCACGGCACGAGCAUUGGCGGCGGCGCGCAAGGCGCCAACCUGUACUCGCAGACGGGCUUCGCCGUCAACGGCAUGCACGGCGCGCUCACGCCGCCGCCGCCUCCGCCGCAGCCGGGACCACCCGGGCAGCAGGGCGUGCACGACCACUCGGACGAGGAGACGCCCACGUCCGACGAGCUCGAGCAGUUCGCCAAGCAGUUCAAGCAGCGGCGCAUCAAGCUGGGCUUCACGCAGGCCGACGUGGGCCUGGCGCUGGGCACGCUCUACGGCAACGUCUUCUCGCAGACCACCAUCUGCAGGUUCGAGGCGCUACAGCUGAGCUUCAAGAACAUGUGCAAGCUCAAGCCGCUGCUGAACAAGUGGCUGGAGGAGGCCGACUCGUCCACGGGGAGCCCGAGCAGCAUCGACAAGAUCGCGGCGCAGGGCAGGAAACGCAAGAAACGGACGUCCAUCGAGGUGAGCGUGAAGGGCGUGCUGGAGACCCAUUUCCUCAAGUGCCCCAAGCCGGCGGCGCAGGAGAUCUCGUCUCUGGCGGACAGUCUGCAGCUGGAGAAGGAGGUGGUGCGCGUGUGGUUUUGUAACAGGCGACAGAAGGAGAAACGAAUGACUCCUCCAGGAGAGCCGCAGGGCCACGAGGUUUACUCCUCGCACGGCGUCAACACGGACACCUCGUCGUGCCACGAUCUCUGACCAUGGAGGCUUUCCACACGGACACGCAGAGGAAAUCUAUCAGCUUUGUUUUUGUUUUGUGUUUGUUUGUUUUUUUUUUCCUGGAUGAUGAUGGUGAUGGUGAUGAUGAUGAUGGUGAUGAUGAUGAUGGGUCCACUUUCUCCAGCACUCAAUAAUUUCCGUUAAACGAGAAGGGCACUGAGAAAGAAAACAAUGAGAAGCAACUGUUACUAGAUUUUUUUUUAGUUGUUGUUUUCGUUUUUGUUUUGUUUUGUUUUUUAAUCUCCGGUCUUGUGGGCAUUAAACACGACAAUGUUUUAUUUGAGAUCUCAAACGGAAGUGAUCUACCAAAACGCGUUGUUUUUUAUGUAUUACAGCAAGAAUAUGAAUACGAAAUUGUGCCUAUUAAAAAUGACCUCCCAGCGCCUUGGUUCUCAAAAAAGGAACAAAAAAAUACACAAAAAAAUACAAUUACACAUCAGGUUGAGCAGGCUGUUUUUUAAAUUUGUUUAUUUUUAUUUUGUCAUUUUUCCCACACAUCUAUACUAUCGCAUGCUCCUUUAUUUGUUUUAUACGGUGGAGCUGAUGAUUCGCUCCUUUCUCGGUGUUUAAUUUGCACAUUUUUUUAUUUUUAUCUUUAUUUUUGACGAACUCUUUAAAAACUCGAGACAGACUGCAGUGAUGUAUUUUAAUUUGAAUCGGUCCUCAUCGCUCACGGUGGAGUCACUCCGCAGCCAUCUUACAGCCUCCUCGCCGAACGACACCUUAUACUGUGGCUUCGAGACGCCUUUUCUGCCAUCUCUAAAGCAAUGUUCUCGCCCUCUCUCCGCGCGCUGGUUUGUUUUUGUUUUGGAGGAGGGGGCUGCUCUGCUCAACUGCAGGCCUGGACGACACAACUCGAGUGAAGCACUUCAGCAUCCCCCUCAUUCUCUGCAGAAACGACAUUCAGAGGAGCAACGCACAAGCGAACCAAGUGAGGAGCGAAGGAAGAGAGAAAGAGAGAAAGAGAGAGAAAGAGAAAGAGAGAGAGAGAGAGAGAGAGAGAGAGAGCUGAGUCGGGUCGGGUCAUAUUCCUCUCACCACGGACCACAUUACUGUGUACUGGAUACUAAAGCAGAAGCGAGAUGCUCGCCAGUGAAAGCGUUGCGCUAUAGCCUAUACUUAUUUUAUUCUACACGUUCACUAUCUAAAGUUUUAUAAUCUUAAAUACUCCUCUUAUCGGUUUAUUUCUGAACUAUUUUUUCGAAUACUGUACAGUUUUGUAUAUUACAACCUUUUUGAAGUUAUUAAUUUAAACAAAUACCGUUUAGUUAUUCAUGCACUUAGUGAUGUACAAAAAGAUAUUUUCAUUAAAAAGAAAAUCGAGAAAAAAAAUGAAUGGACGUUUUCGGCGGUCCUCUUCCCAAAUUCGAGAACAGGUCGAGCGAUUAUUUAUUUUCAGUAUAAAGCUUGUAUUAUGUUUUUGGAGCAAACUGUAUAAUGUAUGUUGUAAUAAAACAACUUGUUGGUACAA